AUCUCGAAAUGCAAACUAAAUUCGAGUAAAUCGGACCCCCGAAUGGAGUUGAACAUCUUCGACGACUGCUGGGAGCUGGUGCAGCGAUUCCAGCGAUUGGUCAGCGAUGGCGAGAGCUGCGAGUUCGAGUCGUUCUGCCGGUGCUGGCGGGAAAUGCAGCUGCAGCACCUCUUCACCGGCCAGUCGAACCACAACGAGGUGAUAGCCACCACUUUGGCGGCCCUGCACGUGGCCAAGCGGCUCUCCUGCUCCCGCCGCACCACCGGCGACAUCUUCCCGGCCUCCCGCGCCCACAGGAUCGCUGGUUUCUAUCUGCUGUACGUGAUCUACUACAAGCAGCCCACCCACAACUAUGUCAAGAUCGAGGUCUCACCGCGCACCUGGCGGGAACUGACCGACUACGCGCUGCAGCUGCGCGAGGAGAGUCCGGAGAGAAAGGAUACCCAGCAGGUGGCCUACAUGCUGUGGCGCCUCGUCCAGGAGCAGGCCUUCCGCCACACGGCGCUGGACUACUGCCAGGGAUUGGACAACCUGGUGGACUACGACCGGCUGGAGAUUGUGGCGGGUGCCAAGAGGCAGAGGCAAAAUGCCUUGGCGCAGAAGCAGCAGCGUCCCAAUAACGUCAGUCUCACCUACGAACUGGAGGGCCUGCGCACCCUGGACCUCGCCAGUCAGCCCCUCUGCGAUCUGGAGGCGGCUUACAAUGCCCAGAAGGCGCAGCUGGCUGGUCAGGAACAGGCUCUGCCGCCCACUCAAAUAUUUGGCCAACUGCGCGAGGUCUUUGCCGAAAUUCAAAGUGUACUGGGAGCCAAAAAGAAUCCUGGAACGGAGGAGGAUCAAGCCACAACUUCUGCCACCAACCAAUUGGAGGUGCGUCAGAGGGUGCGAAACAAGGCCAUGUUCGGCGUUGAGAAAAGGGAGCCGCAGGAACAGGCGGAGGAGCUGGAAGUUGAGCUGGAGGUCAACGAGUCGUAUCAGCGGAGGAUGUCGUCGGCCACCGUGUUCCAGCAGCAACUGCCAGAGGAUGUGCAGCGGGAGUAUGAGGAUAACUAUGACUACAGUGACGAGGACGAGGAAGAGGAGGCGGAGGCAGAGGAAAGUGAGGUAACCGAGGAAGAAGUUCAGGAACUACUGGGCUCUUAAGUUAGAAUUUAUGAAACAACUGAAAUUUGA